AUAAAUUGUGCGGCGAAAACGUGGUCCUGAAUUUAAUGUAAACAAUGGUAAGGAAGAAAAUUGAUAAUCGGAUCCGAGUGCUGAUUGAGAAUGGAGUGGCAGAAAAAUACAGGUCUCUGUUUGUGUUGGUUGGAGACCAUAGUCGAGACCAGGUUGUCAUUCUCCAUCACAUGUUGUCGAAAGCUGUUGUCAAGGCGAGGCCAUCGGUUCUGUGGUGCUACAAGAAAGAACUUGGAUUUAGCAGUCAUCGGAAGAAACGCAUGAGACAACUUCAGAAGCGGAUUAAGUCUGGAAAGAUGGACAUAAACGAGGAUGACCCUUUUGAGUUGUUUGUUGCCGCCACCAAUAUCCGCUACUGCUACUACAAUGAGACACACAAGAUCCUUGGCAACACGUAUGGAAUGUGUGUUCUACAGGACUUUGAAGCUUUGACUCCAAAUUUGUUGGCUCGGACUGUGGAGACUGUGGAAGGGGGAGGGAUGAUCAUUAUUCUGUUGAGGUCGAUGACAUCACUCAAACAGCUCUACGCCAUGACCAUGGAUGUUCAUUCGCGUUUCCGGACAGAGGCACAUCAAGAUGUUAUUGGGCGUUUUAAUGAAAGGUUUAUUCUGUCCCUGACGUCGUGCAGAAGUUGUAUGGUUUUAGAUGAUCAGCUCAAUAUUCUGCCAUUGUCAACGCACACUCUCAACAUAGAACCCAUCCCAGCCAAGUCCAUGGAAGAUGCUGUGUCACCGAGAGAAGAAGAAUUACGUGAACUGAAGAGUUCUCUAAAGGACGUACAGCCGGUCGGCGCCAUUGUCGACUGCUGUAAGACCGUAGAUCAGGCGAAGGCUGUUUUGAGGUUCGUUGAGGGGAUCUCUGAGAAAACGCUGCGCAGUACGGUUGUCUUGACGGCUGCAAGAGGAAGAGGUAAAUCAGCAGCACUCGGUCUCUCCAUGGCAACUGCUGUAGCAUUUGGAUAUUCCAACAUAUUUGUCACUGCUCCAAGCCCAGAGAAUCUGAAAACUUUGUUUGAAUUUAUCUUCAAAGGGCUGGAUGCCUUAGAAUACCAGGAACAUCUUGACUAUGAAAUAAUCCAGUCCACGAAUCCCGACUUCAACAAGGCUGUGGUUCGUGUGAACGUCUUCAGAGAACACAGACAAACAAUUCAGUACAUUCAUCCGUCUGACUCUCACAAACUCGGCCAAGCGGAACUGGUGUGUAUUGACGAAGCUGCAGCCAUUCCCCUGCCUCUAGUGAAGAAUCUGCUCGGACCAUAUCUCGUAUUCAUGUCCUCAACAAUUAAUGGUUAUGAAGGUACCGGUCGGUCACUGUCUUUGAAACUCAUUCAGCAACUUAGAAAACAGUCGGCGACUUAUGGUGGAGUUAAUACUGAAGUGAAAAAAGCAGAAAAUAUGGUAGUCACCAAGAAGGACGCACCAUCGUCAUCAGGUCGAAUCCUACAUGAAGGUGUUCUGAAUGAAUCGAUCCGGUACGCCGAUGGUGAUCCGGUAGAGUCGUGGUUGUACGGUCUCCUCUGUCUCGACGCCACCAACAUUCCCAGAAUCCUCUCUGGCUGUCCCAUCCCAGAAACCUGCGACCUGUACUACGUGAACCGGGACACUCUGUUUUCCUAUCACAAAGCGUCCGAGGCCUUCUUACAUCGGAUUAUGGGCCUUUGUGUCGCAUCACACUACAAGAAUACACCUAAUGACCUUCAGAUGUUAUCAGAUGCACCAGCCUUCCACAUCUUUGUUCUCCUUGGACCUGUUCAGGAAUCCCAGAAUUCCCUGCCAGAGGUGUUGUGUGUAGUGCAGGUAUCUCUAGAAGGUGAGAUUUCGAAGCAGUCCAUCAUGAGCAGUUUAUCACGUGGUCAGCGAGCAUCUGGAGAUCUCAUCCCUUGGACCGUGUCUCAACAGUUUCAAGACCAUGAUUUCCCUGGACUGUCUGGUGCACGGAUAGUAAGAAUUGCGACACAUCCAGAUUAUCAAGGGAUGGGUUACGGCAGCCGAGCCCUGCAGUUGUUGCAACAUUACUAUGAGGGGAAAGUUCCCAGUCUUCAGGAGACUCCAGACGAUGUUGACGACCACCAGAUAACGUCACUCACUGACAGUGAUGUGAAUUUGUUAAAAGAAACGCCAACACCUCGGAAAAAUCUCCCACCAUUGUUACUGAAGCUGAGUGAGAGACGAGCGGAGAAGCUGGACUAUCUGGGUGUCUCGUAUGGACUGACGUCCAAUUUACUGAGGUUUUGGAAGAAAGCCGGAUUUGUUCCUGUAUAUGUAAGACAGACACAGAAUGAUUUGACUGGUGAACAUUCCUCUAUUAUGCUGAAAGUAUUGAACAGUGACCAGUCUACUUCGGAAUCAUGGCUGUCAGCUUUUUGGAAAGAUUUCCGUCGAAGGCUUGUAUCUCUGUUAUCUUACCAGUUUCGCAGCUUCUCGCCUUCAUUUGCUCUCAACCUUCUGGUGCAGAAACAGUUUGACAAAAACGAAACCUUUCCGUUGACUCACAGUGAGUUGUCGAUGCACUUCACGAAGUACGACUUGAAGCGACUGGAGCUGUACUCCCGCAACAUGGUCGACUACCACCUCAUCAUUGACCUACUGCCUGCCAUUGCGCGACUGUACUUCGUGAAGAAGAUUGAUGUUCAUUUGAGUGCUGUACAGUUGGGUCUGCUGCUUGGACUGGGUCUACAGCACAAGUCGGUCGAUGACCUUGAGAAAGAACUUGAUCUCCCCGUCAGUCAGCUGCUGGCUCUUUUCAACAGAAUCAUCAGGAAAAUUGUUCAGUAUUUCAACCAGAUAGUUGAGAAAAAUGUGGAGCUGACGAUGGUGGAAGAGAAGCAAAUCACCAUGAUGCCAGUAGUUCAAAACAUGGAGGAGGAACUGGAAGAGGCUGCUGCAGAAAUCAAGGCAGAACACAAGAAAAAGGCAGCCAUCUUGGUAUCGACUGACCUAUCCCAGUAUGCAAUACAUGGUUCUGAAAAGGACUGGGACAAGGCUUUGACUGUCCCACAGAAACAAGGGCUAGUCAGUAUUAAAGGAAAACCAGAAAAGCGGAAAGAGCAAACAUUUACCGAGGAACCUCCACAAACGUGGAAGAAACAAAAGAAAUUCAAGAAAAAGUCCUGAAUAAAUUAGAGAAAGGA